AGCUGAAACCACCAACAGCGAUUGUACUACCGUUUCGUCGAUAUUAUUUAUAUAAACGCGUUUCGCUGUUGGAAAUAAAUUUUAUUUUUUUUUUUUUUAAAUUAACAUUUUUAGUGAAUUUUGGAUUUAAUUUUCUUUUGAAUUUUAGUGAUGUGAAUAUUAUUUUGUUAUGGAAUUACAAGUGUGUGUUGUUGACAAGGAUGAUUAUGUGUGUAUGUGUCAACAUACGUUAUAAAUUGGUCUGUUAUCCGAGAAACCUGUGUGUACCGUAUUGCAGACAAGGAUGACGCGCCACAUGGUAGCGACUGUUACCACUUAAUGACCCCAGGGUCUCUGAGGUACAGUAAUGUAUCUUUGAAAAAGACAUUUUCUGCUUCGCCAACGAACCAAAGAAUUUUUGUGAUAAGAAGAAAAACAUUAUUCGACAAUGGGAACGUCGAGAGAAAUCGCAAUUCUAAAAGACUUGUCGUUUAUAACAAAGUGAAAAUCACAGAGGAAAUGAUUCGUGUUUAAGAAUGUGCGUGAUUGUGUAAAAAAAAAAAAAGCUGACAAAAAAAAAUAGUAACCGUGUGUUUAACAAGAAGAGUGCGAGAAAGGAAAACAAAAAAAAAGUGUAUUUAUGAAGGAGGAGAUAAAAAAUAAAAUAUAAAAAAGAAAAGGCAAUGUUUGGUAUAACGAUGAUGGAGCCACGUGAAAGAAUUGUCGCGUGUUCACAAUCGCCUCCUCAUCAUCAACAACAUCAUUAUCGUCAAGUGAUAAGAACGACAAAAGUUCAUCAAAAUUCGCGAUGUACGCGCGUUGUCACAAUUCAAGAGAAGGUUAUCAGAUCACGUCUUCAAUUGGGAUAUUCAACACCAACUGCAUUUCUUAAUCGUUUCCCACAAAAGAUGGAGAGGUCGACGCACAAUACAAGCCUUAAUCAGGCUCACAGCGGAAAUGUGCACAAUGUAUAUUCCCCCGGAAAUCAAACAGCCCUCUCAACAUCGUAUAUAACAGGGCAGUCUUAUAUGCAAGGACAAAAUUAUACUCUUGGCCCAUACCCACCAUCAACUGUGCAGGUGUAUCCACACACGGGCUAUGGACAACCCCAAAGUUAUGGAGCAAUAGUUCAGGGUUAUGGGGGACAACCACAGUCUGGUUUUCAGCAGGCAUGUCAUAAAAAAGGAUCCAUUCGUAAUGGAUACGAGCUGUCCCAGGAUCUAUUGGAGAAACAAAUUGAAAUGUUGGAGAGAAAAUAUGGUGGUGUAAAGGCAAGAAAUGCUGCCCUCACAAUUCAAAGGGCAUUUCGACGUUAUACAUUAUUGAAAAAAUUUGCAACAAUCACGGCAAUGGCAAAGGCAGAGAAGCGUUUAAGUCGAAAAUUACAGGAGGCAGCCGAACGACAGGAUCACGAGAGGCAUCCUUAUCACAGUCAAAUUUAUAUUCAACCAAGUCAAGUUGGUGGUAAUCGACCAAUGCCAAUUAGAAGUAUGUCAUUAAGAGAAAGGAGACAUCCUGAAAAUAAUUCACAAUGUCAAUCGUCGUCGCCAAUGCCACGUAGUCAAAGUGGAAGAUGUGAGGUACAAAUUGGAGGUCACAGGGUUAAUGCUCAUCAACAUGCUAAUCACAAUGUUCAUCAAAGUACUCGUCAUUCUAAUUCAAUGACGCCAAGUCCUUGUGCUAGGCAUCAACCUCCACCCAGUCCUUGUUGGGAGUCAAGCUCACAAGAAAGUGGCUCCAGCAUUCAUUAUUACAAUCCACAGGAAACUUUGUGUGGAUUGAGACAAGAAACUCCACCAAGGGAUUCACAUAGAACUCCAUGCACUUCUCCAUCGACGCCUCAUAAUCAACAAAGUUCGUUGUCACAAAAUUGGACAAAUUCUUCGGGUGGUGGUUGUAGUGGUAGAAAUCGUGGAUCCGCGAAAAAAGUACCACCCGAGGUACCAAAACGAACUUCGUCAAUUACAUCGAGGUCGAUGGAACCGAGGCACAAUGGCCUCAGUAAAAGUGUGGAAAAUGGAAGUCUUAGUUCGGUACAAAGUUCAGGAAGCGAUUCGACUAAUUGCGAAAGCUCUGAAGGAGAUGCACAGAGAGGCUCGCCUAUUUGGAAGCAUAAAGGCAUUUCGGGUUCACCAGAACAUCAGGAUUGUGGUCAUACAAAUGAGGGUAACAACAUGAUGAAUAGCGUCAAGGAACUUGGUCACUCCCAUGCGAAUUCCGGAUACCAACACCCACUAAUGGAUCACACUGAGGCGAUAUCUCAAACGAGUUACAAAGUUUCGGAACAAAAUAGAAAACGUCAAUACAGGGUCGGUCUCAAUCUCUUUAAUAAGAAACCCGAGAGGGGCAUCACCUAUCUUAUCAGGCAGGGUUUCCUUGAGAAUAGUCCACAGGGAGUCGCUCGAUUUUUGAUCACAAGAAAGGGACUUUCCAAACAAAUGAUUGGCGAAUAUCUUGGAAAUUUGCAAAAUGCAUUCAACAUGGCAGUUUUAGAAUGUUUUUCACAUGAAUUAGAUCUUUCUGGUAUGCAAGUUGAUGUUGCAUUGAGAAAGUUUCAAACCUAUUUUAGAAUGCCAGGUGAAGCGCAAAAAAUUGAACGUUUAAUGGAAGUGUUUAGCCAACGUUAUUGUCAAUGUAAUCCCGAUGUAAUAUCAAGGUUACGAUCGGCUGAUACAAUAUUUGUUCUUGCAUUCGCAAUAAUAAUGCUCAACACGGAUCUGCAUACGCCGAACCUGAAACCAGAGCGUCGAAUGAGAAUGGAGGACUUUAUUAAAAAUUUACGCGGUAUUGAUGAUUGUGGUGAUAUUGAUAAGGAUAUAUUAAUUGGAGUUUAUGAGAGAGUUAAAGCAAAUGAAUUUAAACCUGGUUCUGAUCAUGUAACACAAGUGAUGAAAGUACAAGCGGGUUUUGUUGGUAAGAAACCAAAUAUGGCAUUACCACAUCGACGAUUGGUUUGCUAUUGCAGACUAUAUGAAAUUCCUGAUAUCUAUAAAAAGGAACGUUCGGGCGUUCAUCAGAGGGAGGUAUUUCUCUUUAAUGAUUUGCUUGUUGUGACGAAAAUUUUGGGCAAGAAAAAAGGACGACCUACAUAUACGUUUAGGCAAAGUUUUCCACUAUGUGGAAUGAUUGUCACGUUAUUUGAAGUUCCUCAUUAUCCGUAUGGUAUAAGACUGUCGCAACGUGUCGAUGGAAAGGAAUUGGUGACGUUCAAUGCACGUAAUGAAACUGAUCGUUACAAAUUUGUUGAGGAUUUGAAGGAGUCCAUUAGCGAAAUGGACGAGAUGGAGACUUUACGAAUUGAGACUGAAUUGGAACGACAAAAGAGUAGCAGAGGUACGAGGGGAAGUGCGGAGAAUCGCGAUUCAGGUGUUGCUGAUGUUGAGGUUUGUCCUUGUCCCGGUUCCUGUUCUGAGAGAUCAGAAACGACUGAUAUGGACAGCCAGUUAAAGAGAUCAGCACUCAGCAAUUCUCUUCUCGAUAUUCAUGAACAAUUCGCCGGAGAGAAGCCACAACGUCGUGGCAGUGUCGGUUCAUUGGAUAGUGGAAUGUCAAUUUCAUUUCAAUCGACUUCCGCAAGUUCGAUGAGCCAAGGAAUGAAACAUCAUGGACAACUUCAUUCUAUUCAUACGGGAACAACAAUUCCUGGCAUCAAUAAAGGCUUAUCUCAACAGCCAUCUUUUUUAGGAGGAUUAUUUAAUAAACGUGAGAGAAAAUUAUCUCAAUCGGAGGAAACUGGUCCCUAUAGUCGCACCACCGAAGUCUAGAGAAUUAAUUUCUAGACGUCGGGUUUUUAGGAAAUUUUUUUAAACAAAAAAAAAGAAAGGGACUCUUCCGAGUUAAUGAAAUAUAUAAAAUUAAAUUUAAAGACAGUUAAACGGAAUUGAAGAUGCUCGUUUAACAAUUAUCACACAUUCUAAUAAUAGGAUAUAUAUUUUUUUUAUUUUCCCAUUGGUAAAAAAAAAAACGUUUUUCUUUUUGGGUGUGUCAUAUUUAACGAGUGCAUUUUCUUUUCUUUUGGUGCGAAAAUUAAUUUUACAAUCAUACGAGAGCAAUUUAUUUCUAGUCAUUUAUUAUUGUACAUACCAUAUAAUAACUCCUUACGGAGGAUAAUGAUCGCAUCACAUUUUUUAGAUUAAUUGCAUAUAUAUAUAUAUACAAUUUUUUAUUUUAUUUUUUUUUUUGCAACGCUUUUUGAGAAGGUGAUCUUCGCAUUUUUAUUUUUAAUUUAUAUAUUAUGAAGAAAAAAAAAGACUCUGGCAAUAAUGUUAAAGAGAAUUUUUUUUUUUUUUUUUUUUGUAAAAAUACCAAAAUUAUUAUUGAUUGGGCAGGAUCCAAUCAAAGAGAGUCCAAGGCGAGGAGUGAAACUUUUUGGCUAUUCGGACAUGAUUUUUUUCUUGUGUAUAGUAUUUAUUCGCCUAAAUAAGAUAUUUGGCUUUUAUUUUUAUUUUUUAUUAUUUAUGAUCUGCAGGUGGCGUUUGCAUGUAUAAAUAUGUGAAUAAGUAAUAAUGUUCAUGCGCAUAAUUCAUUGUAAUUUUUGACAUUAAAUUAUCAUCGAGAGACUCGAAUUAGGAUUGAAGUUCGUGAAGAAUAUCAUUAAUCAUGUCGACAUCAAUUUUUUUUGUCAUUAAAGAAGAAAAAAAAACAAUUGUACAUAUAAAAUAAUUAACAUGCAAAGGCUAAUUUUUUUUCUUUUUGACUUUAUGUGUCAAAAAUUAGAUAUUAAGACGUACUAAAAAAAAAAAGGAAAAUAAGUAAAUGGCGGGAUUCAUUGUUUUUUUCAAAACUUUGCUCCUUUAAAAUGCCAAACGAAACUGGUCCCUAAGUCUUAUUAAUAUUUACAACCAUUUUUGUAAAACACAUUGCAGUAUUAUAGAAUUAUCUGAACACCGAACGCACUGAUGUUUCUUGCGAAAAAUAAUUUUGACGAAAUAACAAAUUUUAGUCAAGCAAUUACAAAGAAGAAAAAAAAGUGAAACACCAAAUUAUUGUUAAAAACAAGCAGUGAAUUUUUCAACGAUUUCGGCCUUUUCUUGUACAUUUGGAGAAUUCCUCUCUCUUAAAAGAAAAAAGAAAAAGAAUAAUUCUUGACCGUGAAUUUGAGUGAUUGUGAAUUUCGUUAUUUCGUGUAAUUAAGAAAUUUUUAAUAAAAAGGAUUUGAUUUUAGAAAUAAAAAAAAAAAAAAAUGUUCUAACGGUCAGAAAUGUACGCGAAAUGACGUGAAAACGUUUUUCUACUGCCAAAGUACAUUGUAACUUGUGAUUUGAAGAAAUAACGAAACGAAUUUCUCUCGCUACAAAAAAAAUUAAUGCAAUUAUUCGCUAUAAUGCGUUCUUUAACAAUGUGUAAAUAUUCUUACUGAUUGUAUUACAAAAAUAGGUAUAAUUAAUAAAUAUAAAAUACAACCGAA